AUGUUGGUCGUCGAUGUGGCCGCGGAGACGCCCCGCUCGUACCGUAUCCCGUAUAGCUUCGAUGAUUAUCACGAGGCCUGGCACCACCUGCGGGGUGGCUUUUGUCUGUUGGCCGACGGCUUUGAUCUGAACGGGCAGAUGUGCCUCGUCGUGAACGUUGGCUUUUAUCCUGUGUCUCGCAAGAAGACCCAGUUCUGGGUCAUGAAGCCGCCAUGUGAGCUUGAGGGCAAGGGGCAGGAGGACGACAAGCUGUAUUGGGAUCUACGCUAUAUCUUCUGCUUCGACGACCCCUUCACCCUCACCAUGCCGAGGGGCGCCUGGAUUGACCACGCCCAGACGUUAUGCUACAGGUUUGGAAAUUUUGUGUACAAGUAUGACACGAGAGGAUACUCAUCGCCCUCCAACGUUGAUUCUCUCUUGUUUGACGAGCGACUGGAUCUCCCGGAUGCUCCUCGGUAUCCGUCAUAG